AUGCCGCCCAAGAGGGCGCGAUCCAGUUCGUCUGCGCCUGAGCGCCGCGAGCGCCUCACACUGGCGAAACUGGCCAGUUACGACGAUGUCGCAACAGAUGCGCUGGUGGAUCAUGCUUACUUUUGGACCACGAUCCGAAAGAAUCGGAACAAGUAUAGCUCAGCCCGCGGUAUUCACGACGAUGAGGUUGGCCGCAUCCUCCUGCACGAUGUCGUCGUCGCGAAGGAUAUUCCCGGAGCGGAACGCAAGCUGUUGGAACUGCCCGGCUUGAGGAAAUAUAUGGCCAAUCUGCCGAGUCCUCGGGAGAAGGAAUGGUUUCGUCGUCACCUUCGAAAAUAUAUUCAGAUGUAUCAUCCGGACUCUCCCUUCGAGGUCACCACGACGAACCGCUACAUCAUCACGCAGCCUGAGGCCGCCCUUUGCGCCCGCAAGUUUAUCAAGGCCGGCCAAGAGAUCAGGUACCUCAGUGGCACCCUCGUCUCUAUGACCCAGGAAGAAGAGACAGAUCUGGGCCUCACCCGCAAGGAUUUUAGCGUGGUCAUGUCCAGCCGCCGCAAGGCUGCCUCGUUCUUCCUGGGGCCUGCCCGGUUCGCCAACCACGACUGUGAUGCCAAUGGCCGCCUGGUUACGCGAGGCACGGAAGGGAUGGCUAUCAUGACCACCCGUAAUAUAUACGAGGGUGAAGAAAUCACUGUAUCCUACGGUGAAGACUAUUUCGGUAUUGAUAAUUGUGAAUGUCUCUGUCAUACCUGUGAGCGCGAAGUCCGUAACGGCUGGUCGCCCCACGCGGACUCCGAUGCGACUAGCAAGGAAUCCACCCCAGUCUCUGUGGAUGAAGCUGCCCCUAUCGAAAGCGACACAGGCAGUAAAAAGCGCAGGCGAGACUCCGACGUGGAUUCGGACGAUCUCACCUCGGUCUGCUCUACCCCGCGCAAGCGCACCAAAUUCACGCGUCAGACUUCCAAGUUGCGAGAAGAGAUCUCUCUCUCCGAACUCCCGAUGGAGACUACUGCAACCCCCGAAACCGACACGCCAUCCACGCCCGGCCCCGAUCUCGGCCCGGCCCCAAAUGCCUCUGCUUCUACCUGCGACCGCCCAACAUCUCGCCUGCGACAGGAGAUCGUUAUUUCGGCACCAGCCGAAUCGACCCCCGAGGCGCCAUCAACCGAUGCACUUUUGUCAUCCAUUGGAGACCCUGAGCUGUCUGAACUGAAGAAUCCCGACCUCGCCGGGGCUGCCAAGGAAUCGGCUGCUCCGGUCGACCCAACUAAGACGGACACCAACAACCAGGCCUCUGCUCCUGCCGACUGCUAUUCCCCUAGCUCUGCCGCGGGCGAGUCCCAUCGCUCGUCGACCUCGACCCUUCCCACAUCCGUGGACGACACCACCAAGGCCGACCAGGUCAAGAUCGAAGUGAUCGAAGAGAUCGAAGAUACCAAGGAACAGGAACCCCUCGAUCUUUCUGUGACAGGCCAGCCCGCCACUUGCCUCACUCCCCUGGAUCAAGAUAGCACCUCGGACUGUUUGGACUCACCUGGACCACUCGAAUCAGACGAUACCACUGAAACCGCCGUCGAAAAGAAACGCCGCGGCCGCAAGAAGUGGAAAAUCGUCGCUUCUGUCGAAACCGAACGGCCAGUCGCCCGCGUCCCCGGAGACUACACGAAGACCUCGCGCCUGCUCGCCCAGAAGUACGACCGCUGGGUCGAUUGCCAAACCUGCGAGUCGUGGUUCGUACAGUCGAACUCCUACCAGACCCGCCGUGAAUGCCCUCGCUGCGAGCGACACUCCAAGAUCUAUGGAUUCCAGUGGCCAUACACGGACAAGGACCCGGAUGGGCAAGAGCGGGUGAUGGACCACCGAACCAUCCAUCGCUUCCUCACCAUCGAGGAAGCACGUACCUCCCGUCAAGAACGCGAUAGCUCCGACAUCACCCCCACCCCCGAGCUGUCUGACGUACAUCCCGAGACGGACACCAACGAUGGGACAGAGUCUCGUCGCAGCACCCGGGCCAGUCGUCAGCGGACCCGAGAGCUUCGCAUGACAAUGUGA